GUUCGAAGUCGAGAUUCACUCGUUCUUUGCUUGUCGAUUGCUGUGUAGCGAGCGCUAUUGUGGUUGCGACUUGAGGUGAGAGGUUGAAUCUAUCUACGCUAUACUUACUUAUGCCGCUCGUCUACCCUUUUGUGUCGGUCGAAUUCGGAAAAUCAGCAAAGCUUGGUUUGAGGGGUCCUGGUGCUAAUACUUGAUUGUCGUACAGAUUUUUCCGUUUCCUUUCACAUAUAUUACAAUCUUUUUUAAUAGAUAUAACCGGCAAGAUGGUCGACGCUCCCGAGAGCCCUGCACCGGAGCAACAACAAACUCCUCAGAAACCUUUCUAUCAGAAUGGUGUUAGAACGACAGGUCGCGCGUUCCAUUCCCCCAACUGGCGUGUGAAGGGUGAGGAGAGCCCCAGCACGGCUGGUGCUGGUGCUGGCUCUGAGGCUGCUCGGUCUGGUUCCCCCGCUGGCACGCCUAGGACGAAUACCUCGAGAGUGGCGUUUAGCAAGCCUAGCCCGCAUGUACCACAGGCUAUCUCGGAGGGACGACGACUAUAUGUGGGGAAUAUGCCCUAUACGGCGAAGUCGGAGGAUGUGCAGGCGCUUUUCACCGCUGCUGGGUUUGGAAUCGAACGAAUCGAUAUCGCCAUUGAUCCCUUUACCGGCCGCAACCCCUCAUACUGUUUUGUCGACCUAGAGACCAAAGAACUGGCCGAGCGGGCAAUGGCUGAACUAGACGGACAGGAUAUGCUCGGGCGUCCGGUGAAGAUUAAGCCUGGUGUGAUCAAGUCUGCAGGCGAACGCUCUCAACAACGAACUGAGCCCACGCUUGGUUCUCCUCGCAGCAAUAGAACCUCGCCCUUCAAUGCGGACCGGUGGCGUCGAGACGAUCCCGCCGGUGCCUCUGCUUCUGCUUCUGCUUCCGCUGCCCCUGGGACCCCUUCCAAGACAAAUUCAGAUUCCAGCCGUCGGUUGUACGUUGGCGGCCUGCCAAAAUUGACAGACCAGGAGGCGAUUACGAGCAACAUUACCAACUUUUUUAAGGAUUAUAAUGUGGAAAACGUCAGCAAGCUCUUCACACCUCACCCUGCGAAACGCUUCGAGCCCGGUGACCAUUACUACCUGUUCGUUGACUUCAGCACGGCGGAAGAAGCGCAGACCGCGAUGAACGCUUUGAACGGACAGGAGGGUCCCUGGGGUGCUAAUAUCCGCGUCCAGCGGGCUCGGGGCGAGACAUGGAAUUCCGAAGAGAGGAAGAGCAAGUGGCCUUCUUCUCGGGGAACUGGAGCUCCUCCCGCCGCCACCGAGGAUGCUGCUCCCACGGACGCAUAAAAUUUUGCUUUUGCUUUUUUUUUUUUUUU